AUGACGACACCAGAAGCUCCAGCUCAAGCUCCACCCCCACCGCCACCUCCAAAAUCCGCACUUUUCGAUGCGAUCGACAAGAAUGAAACGGAAAAAGCGCUGGAAUUGCUCAAGACGAGAGAGCACGCAAAGGAGAGAGACGCCAGUGGAAUGAGCGUUUUGGCGUCGGCGGCGUAUAGAGGAAACCUGAAAUUGGUUGAAAAAGCGAUUGAAUUGGGUUGUGAUGUCAAUGAAAAGACCGAUGAUAACCUCUUCACACCGCUCAUGUUUGCCGCGUUGUCAGGAAAACAAGACGUAUGUCGUUUUUUGAUGGACUCGGGCGCCCGGAUGUACUGUGUGAAUGGCAUCGGAAAAACCGCUUCCGAGCUGGCGGCGUUCGUCGGAAACCACGAAUGCGUUGCGAUAAUCAAUAAUCACAUAUCGAUUGAUUUGGUCGAGGAGUUCUUGCGGCCAAAAAUCAACGGAGAAUACGUUGGAGAGGAGAGAUAUCCCGAUGAAUUGCUGGAAUUCAUUCAUUCAUUGUGUGGAUCACAUGAAGUACAUCCUGUCAAGAUUAUCUUCAGAUUUAGUCAGUAUUCGGACUCGUUGAAGUACAAAAAGAAGCAGUGGCUAGGAGAGGGAUAA